AUGAGAAGAAUAGCUGAUGUUAGGACACAUUGCAAAAGACAGGAUGUGGGCAAAGACAAACAUGUGGGGGUAAUACUACAUGUUCCGGUUGAUGUAUUGUACAUGAUAUCGAGGUAUGAGCGGCGCUUGAAAAGUUUCUGCAGAAAUGCCCGAGAGAAUAAAGAAGUGUCUUUGAAUGCACCAUGGAAGACGUCGUACGAAAGGAAGGCAUUUCAUGACAGCAAGAUGGCCUUUGAUGUGAAUUUGUGCCCGUUUGUGAAUCUGACAAACUUGAGCAUAAGAAAUACAUGCUACUUUGAUAUAUGCUCGAUUAAUGGGAGUGUGAUAAGAGUAUUGGAUAUGGAGAAUGUACUAAAUCUGGAUGUAACAAGGACACUGUGCAUGAUUUUAGAAGAGAUAAAGAUGAAGAGAUGUACGAUAUCGUAUAAAAGCCUGAAAUGCAUUUUAGGCAUAAAGACAUUGGUAAGUGUGUCAUUUGAUGGAGUUGUUAUAAAUGAUCAGGCUGUAAGUCCAGAUAGAUUUUACAGCGAUGGAGUUGCGCUGCAUAGUGGGGUUUUUAUUGAAAUGAUUGAACAGAUGCCUCGACUGAAGCGAAUUGAAUUGAUUAACAUGGAAGUGGAUAUAGAAAGGAUAGUCAAUGCAUGUGUUAUGAGUGAUAUUGGAUGGUUUAAAAUAAGGAGCAAAGAUGUGCAUGUGGAGGUUGGUUUCUGUGCAUUUGCAAAUAGAAUCAGAUGCUUUAAUGGCAUGAGGUAUUUAACAGGGAUGGAUCUGUGCGAACCUGAGUCUGUGUAUAUGGAAGGCAAUGAUGUAAGGCAUCUGAUUGAGAAGAAUUUUCCAAGAAUAAGUUUUCUCAGCCUGCGCAAUGCGGAAAUAGACAGCAGACUUGCAAGAACAUUGUGUAUGAGAUAUUCUAAGCUUGUUGGGAUUGAGUUCAUAGGAUGCAGGUUUGAAGGCGCAGUGUUUUAUGAAAUAAGCGCACAUUUCAGAAGUUACCUAAGGUAUAUGAAUUUGAUGAGAUCAGACCUGCCUCACGACUACAUGUGUUUUUUGGGAAGCACAUUGAGGCACUGUGUUGUAAGAUUGAAGAAUGGAGAGCGAGUGGUUGUGAGAAGGAUAGGGAAUGUUGAUGAUUAG